AUGCACCCGAGGUCCCUUCAUGUUGACCUCCUGCUGCUGGGUGUGCUCCUUUUGUGGGGACCCAGGGAGUCCAGGGGCCAGAAUGACACAGAGCCCAUCAUCCUGGAGGGGAAAUGCUUGGUAGUAUGCGACUCCACUCCUUCGUCCGAGCCAGCCGGUAACGCCCUGGGUAUGUCGGUCCGCUCCGGCUCGGGGCGAGUGGCCUUCUCCGCCAGCCGCCAGACCAACCACGAGCCCACGGACAUGAGCAACCGCACCAUGAUCAUCUACUUUGAUAAUAUUUUGGUGAACGUUGGCACUCAUUUCGACCAAGAGAGCAGUGUUUUCCUGGCACCAAGGAGAGGAGUGUACAGCUUCAACUUCCAUGUUGUGAAGGCCUACAACAGGCAAACUAUCCAGGUCAGCCUGAUGUUGAACGGCUGGCCGAUGAUUUCAGCUUUCGCUGGAGACCAGGACGUGACCAGAGAGGCGGCCACCAACGCCGGUCUGGUGAUCAUGGAGAAGGGGGAUAAGGUCUAUCUCAGACUUGAGAGAGGCAACCUGAUGGGAGGCUGGAAGUACUCCACCUUCUCCGGGUUCCUGGUCUUCCCCUUGUGA